GAUCAGAAGGAUUAUGCGACACGUCGCCGUUCUUCUGUUUUUCGUUACCGCCAGCAAGGCGGUGACAUUUUCGAAAAGGGCAUCUGGAGGAUGUGAUACACAAGCAGACGUUACUUUUCUUUUGGAUUCGUCCGAUACAGUAGGGCCAGAGAAUUUCAAGAAACAGUUAGAUUUUAUCAAAAGCACAGUGAACAAUUUACAAAUAGCACCAGACAAAACACAAGUGAGUGUAGUGACAUUUAGCAAUGGUGUGUACAAUCAGUUCUUCCUAAAUCGAUAUUCCACGAAAUCGGACAUUAUCAAUGCCAUUUCUGGAAUUCCGUAUCGAGGCGGAAGAACGCACACUGCUGACGCAAUACGAUACGUCACUCAAACAACGUAUAACCCCAUCCAUGGGGCCAGAGGGAGUGUCCCGCAUAUUGCAGUGCUUGUCACCAACGGAGGGUCAACCACACCCGACAUCACCAAGGUACAGGGACAAACUGCCAAAGACAACAAUGUCAUACUGUAUGGAGUUGGAGUUGGGUCGGGUGUGAACAUGCGGGAACUUGCCUCAGUUUCUAGUGACCCAGAUUCCAGAUACAUUCUAAAGGCCGAUAGCUACGGAUCCUUGGAUUCCCUCUCCAGCGUCUUAUCAACUAAACUGUGUAACGAGCUCCCACCGAACCCAAACCAGCUACCCCCACCAAACAGCUGCCUGCAGAAGGCUGAUCUUGCCUUUUUGGUCGAUUCGUCCUCUAGCAUCGGUCCCGCUAAUUUCCAAAAACUUGAAACGUUCCUGAAAGGCGCGAUAUCACGACUGGACGUGGGCGCAGACAAAGUUCACGUAGGUCUCAUGCAGUAUGGCAGCUAUCCAUCCAUAACAUUUCCCCUAACCAUGUACAACAGCAGAGGAGACGCACUGAAGGCUGUGGAGAACAUGAAUUAUAUGGGUGGUAGUAGUGAUGCUGGUGGAGCGAUCCGUUACAUGACAGACAAACUGUUUGGUGCAGGGAAUGGUGCGAGAGGCAACGUCCCACGUAUUGCCAUCGUCUUAACGGAUGGUAACUCGAACAAUGACGCUGACACCACGAGUGCAGCCGAUAAAGCCAGACAACAAAAUAUAGGGUUGAUUGCCGUAGGCGCUGGGCCCUCCUUACAGACCUACCAGCUAAAUCAUAUCGCAGACUCGAGCGACAAGGUUAUUACAGUCAGCAACGUGAACAACAUCGACACAGUCAUCGACCAAGUCCUGCAAAAGGCUUGUCAAAUACACGCUACGAUCCCUCCCGUGACGACGUUGGCUCCAGGUGUCACACCUGCUGCAGACAAGUGUAAAGACAGGGCCAGUAACUGUCGGCAGUACGGAAAACAAGUGUGUACAAACUACAAGCCCUGGGCGACGGACAACUGCCCUCUCUUCUGUGGAUUCUGUCAACCCCAGCGUGUGACGUGCACUGACAAACUGAACAACUGCGCAUCCUAUGGACAAGGAGUUUGUACAAAUUUCGCGGAAUGGGCUCGCGACAACUGUCAGCAGUUCUGUGGAUUUUGUGGUCCAAGUACGACUUCAAACGGAUUUUAUGGCAGUUGUUCAUACAAAGGCAAAACUUACCAGACUGGGGAGAACUGGAGAGAUGGCUGCGAUUAUGAGUGUGUUUGCGAAGAUGGUCAAUCAGGAAAAUACAGAUGUUUUAACAGGUGUCCAGUGUAUUACAAUUUGCCCACAGACUGUACAUUAGUGAGACAGACAGGAGAAUGUUGUUUGAAACCUGUCUGCAAUUUCCAUCAAAAGAUUGUAGCAACAGAGAGCAGUGGAAAAGGAACAACAGCCAGUGGAAUAAAGGUGUGUGUCUACAAGAACAAACAGUACUUCAAAGGACAGACUUGGAGAGACAGCUGUGAUAAACAGUGCACAUGUACUAAUUCUACUGAAGGAGUGUACAAAUGUGAAACAAUUUGUCCCACCUUUACUUCUGUUCCAUCGUACUGCACCUUGAAGAAGGAACCAGGGGAGUGCUGUGAGAAACCGGUGUGUGAGUUCAGUCAGCAACAUGGAUCCUUCACAGGAACGGGCUCCACGAGUGGGAAGGGAGUAGGUACUGCACCCUCCACACCUAAGCCCUGUGUGAAUCGCUUGACUGUGUGUGAAAAUUAUGGAAAACAAAUGUGUGUGGAUUACAGAGAUUGGGCUGGUGACAACUGUGCCAAAUACUGUGGACUAUGCUCAACUUCACAGCCAACACCUGGACCAAAUGAUGUGUGUGUUUACAAAGGAACAACCUAUAAACAAGAUGCAGUGUGGAAUGUUGGUUGUGAUGCCAAGUGCACUUGUGAGAAUGCUGUAUAUGGAUAUUACAGAUGUGUCAGCAAUUGCCCAACGUACAACAAUUUGCCUACAGGCUGUUAUUUAGUAAAGAAAGCAGCAGAGUGCUGUAAAGUGGUGGAAUGUGACAGUGGCACAUUUGUCAGCUCAUCUACUAACCUCAACUCUCUUGCCAAUGGAGGUGGAAUUUAUAUCAGGAACCCUAAUGGAGGAAGCCAAUUUUUCACUCCAACCAUGCCUUCUGGAGGAACUGCAGCGCCUGGAUCUGGGGGCACUGGAAGUGCAGCCCCAACUCUUAAUGGGUGUUUAUACAAAGGAAAGCUUUAUGUUAAGGAUCAAACUUGGGAAGAUGGAUGUCAGUUUUCAUGCAUCUGUACUGACGAAUCAACCGGAGCUUAUACAUGUGGACAAAAGUGCCCAACAUAUGGUCAGAUUCCGUCUUCCUGUCACAUGGACGCAGACCCCAAUGAUCCAUGCUGCCGUAAGCCUAUCUGUCGUUAUGACCCCAUCACUGGCCAAACUUACAUACCAAUUCCAGCAUUUGCACCAGCUGUGACCGGCAAAGGUGUGGUGGAACCUCCUACCACUUUUGAUCUGUUGAACAACACACAGUACACUGCCACUGUGGCUCUCUACCAGACUGGGUUCACGCCCAUCCCACCUACAUCCCAAACCAACAUAACAGGAGGAAUCGGGCACUGUGUGUAUAAAGGAAAGCAAUACACGCAGUCUCAGAGAUGGGAUGAUGGAUGUGCUUUCACUUGUAUUUGUGAGGACUCCAGAAUUGGAAAAUACAGAUGUUACGAGAAGUGUGUGCAUUAUGAAAAUUUACCUCAGCCAUAUUGCUUCUUGGAAAAUGAUCCUGAUAAUCCAUGUUGCCAGCGUCCAAAGUGUGUGUUCCCAGUUCUCUCUGUCACCAAACAAGGUGAAGUCACAACCCCCCCUCCAAAAACAGACUACUGUGAAUAUCAUGGGAAACACUACCAGCAGGGUCAGUCCUGGUACGAUGGCUGCAGUUAUAAAUGCACGUGUGAGGAUGCUUUGAAUGGAAAAUACAGAUGCAUUGAAAGAUGUCCUACUUAUACCAACAUUCCCCCCACAUGCACUUUUGUCACUGACCCAGAUGACCCAACCUGUUGUCGGAUUCCCCAGUGUCCAGAUAAUACCACGUCAACUAACAAGGUACCAACACCUGCACCUUCUGGUAUCUACUCUGGUGUUGAUGGACAAAAUGGAAAAUGUGUUUACAAAGGAGUGCUAUACUCUCAGGAUCAGAGGUGGGAAGAUGGCUGUGAACUAAACUGUGUGUGUACAGAUGCUAAACAGGGAUAUUACCAGUGUACAGACAAAUGCCCCAAGUACACCAACUUACCUCCAAACUGUCAACUAGUCAGUGACUUUACCAACCCUUGCUGUAAGAAGCCACAGUGUGAUUUCACAGCUACAACAGCAGUCAUCUCGGGAACAGGACCCACUGGCAAACCAGACAUCAUUCCCACACUAGCACCAAAUCUAAGGUAUUGUGUGUACCAGGGUGCCUCCUAUGUACAAGGCCAGACUUGGGAUGAUGGAUGCUUGUUUAGAUGCAGAUGUGACGAUGCAUCCAGAGGUCUUUAUGUUUGUAAUGACAGGUGCCCUAAGUAUAACAGCAUCCCGACUGGUUGUAAAUUGGCUUCAGAUCCGGAUGAUCCAUGCUGUUUGGCUCCAAAAUGUAACAUCACUAAUCCCAACAAGAUCCCCACUGCUGCCCCUGGAGUGAUCAGCGGUAUUAUUAAUAUUCCUACCCCAGCGCCAGUUCCAGGUGGCCCCACGCUAGCCCCUAAGCUCUUCAAUUUCUGCGAGUACAAGGGUAUACGAUACACACAGAACCAGACUUGGGAGGAUGGCUGUGAUUACAACUGCAAAUGUGUGAAUGCUUUAAUGGGCAAAUAUGAAUGUACAGAAAAGUGCCGAAAAUACCUCAAUUUGCCUGCAGGAUGCAUCUUGACUAAAGAUCCUUCAAACCCCUGUUGUAAAGUGCCACAGUGUGACUCCCCUACUCUGUCUCCUACUGGAGCCCCUAGCCCUGCAACCCCAGCCCCACCAGGUGGACCCACACCUGGACCCUCACCUCAGCUGCCAACCCAAGCACCAAAGCCCAAAGAUGUCUGCACAUACAAAGGUCAGACUUACACUCAGGGACAAAAGUGGUAUGAUGGUUGUGAUUUUGCCUGUGUCUGUGAAGAUGGAGUCAAAGGCGUGUAUAGGUGCAGCCAAAGAUGUGCCACCUACCCACCAGUGUCAGCCUCCUGCACCAUGCAGCCUGACCCAAAAGAUCCCAUCUGCUGCAAGGUGCCCUACUGUAAUGGUGUGGCUGUUUCAGGAACUAUCAAUGGAGGAAGUGUCAUUCCCACCCCUGCACCCAAUCCCCACCCCACUGCUUCCCCCUCUCCAGGGUCAAAUGUGGCCACUCCAACACCUGCUCCUGCAUUGCCAGAGGUUUGCGUCUACAAAGGCAAACAGUACCAGCAAGAUCAGAAAUGGCAGGAUGGAUGUGAUUACAGCUGUGUGUGUGUUGAUGCUAAGGCAGGAAUCUAUCGGUGUACAGAAAGAUGUUCCAAGUUUUCCAAGCUGGACGAUAACUGUCAUUUGGAGAGGGACAUUCUGAAUCCCUGUUGUAUGAAGAAAGUAUGUGAUCUUAGCAAGACAACAGUUGCUCCUAGCUCAGGUGUCACACCUAAGCCUGUUCCACACUGUGUAUACAAUGGGGCAUUGUUUAAAGAGGGUGAAUCCUGGGCUGAUGGUUGUGAUCUCACCUGUACAUGUGAAGAUGCAGAGAAGGGCUAUUACAGAUGUAACGACAGGUGUCCAAGGUACGAUAAUUUACCAGCUGAUUGCCCAAUGGAGACAGAUCCCAGAGACUCCUGCUGUAAACGUCCACUCUGUAGUCCAACCAGUGCACCAAAGCCACCCCCAACUCCUGCUCCACAGACCAUUCCACCAUCUCCAUUUAUUCCUCCGACAGUAUCACCAGGGGUACCCAUUCAUCCUGGCCAGACAUUUAUACCUCCACAUUUUUACAUUACGCCAGCUCCAGGUCUAACAUAUGCUCCUGACAAGCAUCCAACCCCAGGUCCAGGGCUUACAUAUGCCCCAGAAUUGUUUCCAACACCAUUCAAGUUACCAACUUUGGCUCCUGGUCAAACAUUAUCACCUGGACAAACACUAAUUCCACCUGGAAUUUAUUUAACUCCUGCCCCUGGGUUGACCUAUGCUCCAAAUGCCAGACCUACUCCAGCCCCAGGAAUGACAUAUGCUCCUCAUGUUUUCCCCACUCCCUUCAAGUUGCCAACUUUGGGACCUAAUCAGACCUUAGCUCCAGGUCAAACUCUGAUACCACCCUUCUACCUGACCCCAGCUCCAGGCAUGACAUAUGCUCCAGACAAGAGACCGACUCCAGGACCUGGUCAAACGUAUGCUCCUGAAUUAUUUCCAACACCAUUCAAAAUCCCUACCUUAGCCCCAGGACAAACAUUAGCUCCAGGUCAGACAUUGAUUCCCCCUGGAAUAUAUCUUACACCCUCACCAGGACAGACAUAUGCUCCAAAUGCCAGACCCACUCCAGGCCCAGGCUUGACAUAUGCUCCACAUGUGUUCCCAACACCAUAUAAGCCUCCAACAUUAGCACCUGGACAAACUCUUGCUCCAGGUCAAACAUUAAUUCCACAGUUUUAUCUAACCCCAGCCCCAGGUAUGACAUAUGCACCAGAUAAACGCCCAACCCCAGCACCAGGAAUGACAUAUGCACCAAAUCUUUUCCCAACACCAUACAAACCACCUACUCUGGCUCCCGGACAAACCUUGGCUCCAGGACAGACUCUCAUUCCUCCAGGAAUAUACCUGACUCCCGGUCCGUACCAGACAUAUGCUCCAGGCUAUCAACCAACACCUGGACCUGGAAUGACAUAUGCCCCACAUGUGUUCCCUACACCAUAUUUACCACCCACACUGGCUCCUGGACAGACUCUUGCACCAGGUCAGACAUUGGUGCCUCCAUUCUACCUGACCCCAGGUCCAGGAAGGACAUAUGCUCCUAAUGCAUUACCUACGCCAGCACCAGGACAGACUUACAGACCAGAGUUGUUCCCAACUCCAUUUAAGAUUCCUACACUUGCUCCUGGCCAAACAUUCGCUCCAGGACAGACAUUGAUUCCUCCAGGAAUCUACCUUACUCCAGCUCCCUUCUCUACAUAUGCACCAAAUCAGAGACCAACACCCGGUCCAGGCUUGACAUAUGCUCCACAUGUGUUCCCAACACCAUACAUGCCACCAACACUGGCCCCUGGACAGACUUUAGCACCAGGUCAGACUCUCAUUCCACCAGGUAUCUAUCUGACUCCAGGACCAUAUCAAACCUAUGCUCCAAACAUGCAGCCAACCCCUGCUCCAGGACAGACAUAUGCUCCACAUGUGUUCCCUACACCCUUUAAACUUCCAACCCUUGCACCAGGGCAAACAUUGGCUCCAGGAAAGACAUUGAUUCCUCCAGGUAUUUAUCUAACCCCCUCACCUGGCCAGACAUAUGCACCAAAUCUCAGACCUACACCUGGUCCAGGAAUGACAUAUGCCCCACAUGUGUUCCCCACUCCAUACAUGCCACCAACACUGGCCCCUGGACAAACACUGGCCCCUGGACAAACACUGAUACCACCAUAUUACCUGACUCCAGCUCCAGGAAGGACAUAUGCUCCAAACAUGAGACCAACUCCAGCACCAGGACAGACCUAUGCUCCUAACCUUUUCCCAACUCCAUAUAAACUACCAACACUUGCCCCAGGGCAGACAUUGGCACCUGGACAGACUUUGAUUCCUCCAGGUAUAUAUCUGACCCCAGGGCCAUAUCAGACAUAUGCCCCUUGGUUGCAACCAACGCCAGCUCCAGGAAUGACAUAUGCCCCACAUGUGUUCCCUACUCCAUAUAUGCCACCAACACUGGCCCCUGGUCAGACUUUAGGCCCUGGUCAAACAUUGGUACCUCCCCAUUACUACCUUACUCCAGCUCCAGGUAUGACAUAUGCCCCUAACAAGCGACCCACUCCUGCACCAGGACAAACAUAUGCUCCAAAUUUGUUCCCAACCCCGUUCAAGAUACCCACUCUUGCUCCAGGUCAAACUCUUGCACCUGGUCAAACACUUAUUCCACCUGGAAUUUAUCUGACACCUGGACCAUUUUCCACUUAUCUACCAAAUCUCAGACCAACACCUGGACCAGGCUUGACAUAUGCUCCACAUGUAUUCCCCACUCCAUACAUGCCACCAACACUGGCCCCUGGACAGACUUUAGCACCAGGUCAAACCCUCAUCCCACCACAUAUGUAUCUGACGCCAGCUCCAGGUAUGACCUAUGCUCCUAAUGCUCAUCCAACACCAGCUCCAGGACAGACUUAUGCACCUGAGUUAUUCCCAACUCCUUUUAAGAUUCCAACCCUUGCUCCAGGUCAGACGCUGGCCCCUAGCCAAACUCUGAUACCUCCAGGUAUUUACUUGACUCCAGCCCCAGGAUCAACUUAUGCACCAAAUGCCAGACCCACACCAGGACCAGGAAUGACAUAUGCCCCACAUGUCUUCCCAACUCCUUUAAAGCUGCCAACUCUUGCACCGGGACAAACAUUAGCUCCAGGACAGACACUUAUCCCACCAAGUAUUUAUCUCACACCAGCUCCAGGACAAACCUAUGCACCAAACCAACACCCAACACCAGGACCUGGAUUGACUUAUGCUCCAGAAUUAUUCCCAACACCUUACUUUCUACCAACCCUUGCCCCUGGCCAGACCCUCGCUCCUGGACAGACAUUGAUUCCCCAUUUCUACAUCACUCCAGGACCUGGACUAACAUAUGCUCCAGAUAAGAGACCAACUCCAGCACCAGGACAGACAUACGCACCAGAAUUAUUCCCAACUCCUUUUAAGAUUCCAACCCUUGCUCCAGGUCAGACGCUGGCCCCUAGCCAAACUCUGAUACCCCCAGGUAUUUACUUGACUCCAGCCCCAGGAUCAACUUACGCACCAAAUGCCAGACCCACACCAGGACCAGGAAUGACAUAUGCCCCACAUGUCUUCCCAACACCACUGAUUUUGCCAACACUAGCACCAGGACAACCAGUCUAUCCAGGUCUGACAUUUGUUCCACCUCACCUUUAUCUCACACCUGCUCCAGGUAUGACAUAUGCACCAGACAAGAGACCCACUCCAGGUCCAGGGCUAACAUACGCUCCUUAUCUCUUCCCAACACCUUAUAUGCCACCUACUUUAGCCCCUGGGCAGACAUUUGCUCCAGGUCAAACCCUCAUCCCACCACAUAUGUAUCUGACGCCAGCUCCAGGUAUGACCUAUGCUCCUAAUGCUCAUCCAACACCAGCUCCAGGACAGACUUAUGCACCUGAGUUGUUUCCAACACCUUUCAAGAUUCCAACCUUGGCACCAGGGCAAACUAUAGCUCCAGGUCAGACAUUGAUUCCCCCAGGAAUUUUCCUGACUCCAGCUCCAGGAUCAACUUACGCACCAAAUGCCAGACCCACACCAGGUCCAGGGUUGACAUUUGCUCCACAUGUAUUCCCAACACCAUAUAAGCCUCCAACAUUAGCACCUGGACAAACUCUUAAACCUGGUCAAACACUUGUCCCACAUAUAUACCUCACACCUGCUCCAGGUAUGACAUAUGCACCAGAUAAACACCCAACCCCAGCACCAGGAAUGACAUAUGCACCAGAACUUUUCCCAACACCAUUCAAGAUACCUACUCUGGCUCCCGGACAAACCUUGGCUCCAGGACAGACUCUCAUUCCUCCAGGAAUAUACCUGACUCCCGGUCCGUACCAGACAUAUGCUCCAGGCUAUCAACCAACACCUGGACCUGGAAUGACAUAUGCCCCACAUGUGUUCCCUACACCAUAUUUACCACCCACACUGGCUCCUGGACAGACUCUUGCACCAGGUCAGACAUUGGUGCCUCCAUUCUACCUGACCCCAGGUCCAGGAAGGACAUAUGCUCCUAAUGCAUUACCUACGCCAGCACCAGGACAGACUUACAGACCAGAGUUGUUCCCAACUCCAUUUAAGAUUCCUACACUUGCUCCUGGCCAAACAUUCGCUCCAGGACAGACAUUGAUUCCUCCAGGAAUCUACCUUACUCCAGCUCCCUUCUCUACAUAUGCACCAAAUCAGAGACCAACACCCGGUCCAGGCUUGACAUAUGCUCCACAUGUGUUCCCAACACCAUACAUGCCACCAACACUGGCCCCUGGACAGACUUUAGCACCAGGUCAGACUCUCAUUCCACCAGGUAUCUAUCUGACUCCAGGACCAUAUCAAACCUAUGCUCCAAACAUGCAGCCAACCCCUGCUCCAGGACAGACAUAUGCUCCACAUGUGUUCCCUACACCCUUUAAACUUCCAACCCUUGCACCAGGGCAAACAUUGGCUCCAGGAAAGACAUUGAUUCCUCCAGGUAUUUAUCUAACCCCCUCACCUGGCCAGACAUAUGCACCAAAUCUCAGACCUACACCUGGUCCAGGAAUGACAUAUGCCCCACAUGUGUUCCCCACUCCAUACAUGCCACCAACACUGGCCCCUGGACAAACACUGGCCCCUGGACAAACACUGAUACCACCAUAUUACCUGACUCCAGCUCCAGGAAGGACAUAUGCUCCAAACAUGAGACCAACUCCAGCACCAGGACAGACCUAUGCUCCUAACCUUUUCCCAACUCCAUAUAAACUACCAACACUUGCCCCAGGGCAGACAUUGGCACCUGGACAGACUUUGAUUCCACCAGGUAUCUACUUGACACCUGCACCUGGCUACACUUAUGCCCCAGACAAGAGACCCACUCCAGCUCCAGGAAUGACAUAUGCCCCACAUGUGUUCCCAACACCGUACAUGCCACCGACUUUGGCCCCUGGACAAACUCUCGGACCAGGUCAGACACUCAUCCCUCAUUUCUAUUUGACCCCAGCUCCAGGUAUGACAUAUGCCCCUAACAAGCGACCCACUCCUGCACCAGGACAGACGUAUGCCCCAUACUUGUUUCCAACUCCAUUUAAGGUCCCAACAUUAGCACCCGGUCAGACUUUGGCACCUGGACAGACUCUUAUACCCCCAGGUAUUUACCUUACCCCUGGACCUUUCCAAACAUAUGCACCAAAUGCAAGACCAACACCAGGUCCAGGAAUGACAUAUGCCCCACAUGUCUUCCCAACACCGUAUAUGCCUCCAACACUGGCCCCUGGACAGACUUUAGCACCAGGGCAAACUCUCAUUCCACCUCAUGUGUACCUGACACCAGCGCCAGGGAUGACAUAUGCCCCAAAUAUGAGACCAACUCCAGCACCAGGAAUGACCUAUGCCCCUGAGCUAUUCCCAACCCCAUUUAAGUUGCCCACACUUGCUCCAGGUUUUACAUUAGCACCAGGUCAAACUCUCAUACCACCUGGAAUCUACCUGACACCUUCACCAGGACUGACGUACGCUCCUAAUGCUAGACCUACUCCAGGACCAGGUAUGACCUAUGCUCCUCAUGUCUUUCCAACUCCUUUCAAAUUCCCAACUCUGGCCCCAGGCCAGACCCUAGCUCCAGGACAAACGCUUAUACCUCCAGGAAUAUAUCUGACACCUUACCCAGGUGCUACAUAUGCACCAAAUGCACAUCCCACCCCAGGGCCUCACAUGACUUAUGCACCCUAUCUGUUCCCAACACCAUUUAAACUACCCACACUUGCCCCAGGUCAGACUUUAGGACCACAUCAGACCCUUAUCCCUCCAAACAUAUAUCUGACACCUGCCCCUGGUAUGACCUAUGCUCCUAAUGCCAGGCCCACACCAGCACCUGGUCUCACAUAUGCUCCAGAACUAUUCCCAACACCAUACAAACCUCCAACCCUAGCCCCAGGACAGACACUUGGUUUUGGUCAGACUUUGAUUCCACCAGGUAUAUAUCUGACACCUUCACCUGGACUAACAUAUGCCCCCAACAUGCGUCCAACCCCAGCCCCAGGAAUGACAUAUGCCCCACAUGCAUUCCCCACACCAUUUAAAUUGCCCACUCUAGAACCAGGUAAAACUUUGGGUCCGGGCCAGACCUUGAUACCCCCUUACCACUACCUGACUCCAUUACCUGGGUAUACCUUUCCUCCUGGUUUGGAACCCACUCCUGCCCCAGGGCUAACCUACCCCCCUUACCUGUUCCCCACUCCUGCACCAGGCUUAUCACCUACACCUCUUCCUGUUCCCACCGCUGUAUCUGGAGUGAUUUCUGGUAUUGGAGUCGGUGGAAAUGGAAGUGUGUGUCUGUACCAUGGAGUGGCCUAUGGACAAGGUGAAAAAUGGGAGGAUGGCUGCCAGUUGUUGUGUGAAUGUAUAGACAUGCAUAUCGGCCGGUACAGGUGUAAAGAAAGAUGUCCAACGUACCUGGAUGUCCCAAGCAACUGCAGAUUGGUGGUAGAUCCAAAAGAUCCAUGCUGCAAGAUUCCAGAGUGUUUUGAUACCCCCACCCCAGCCCCAGUGACACCCCCCACCCCUGGUCUGUUCCCCACCCUAACCCCAUUACCAGUAACAACAUCAACACCUGCUCCAAAGAUAAAAGACAUGUGUGUCCAUAAUGGCAUUCCUUAUGCACAAGGACAGAAGUGGUUUGAUGGGUGCAGCAAAGCAUGCAUCUGUGAAGAUGCCAAGUCGGGAUACUAUAGAUGUGAUGACAGAUGUACCACAUACACAAACAUCCCCUCACAGUGUACGUUGGUUGCUGAUCCUAAGGAUCCAGAGUGUUGUGAGGUUCCUCAGUGUAUCACAGUACCACCCAACCCAACCAAUGGCACCAUCACAAUUACUGGGGUCACAGGUGUGGUGACAGGUGGUGGUAAAGUACCAACGACGCCUACUCCAGGUUGCUUCUACAAGGGUAAAUUCUACAAUGAUGGACAGAAAUGGCAGGAUGGCUGUGACUAUAACUGUGAAUGUAUUGAUGGAAUGGCUGGAAAGUACAAGUGUUCACAAAGGUGCCCAACCUAUCCCAUCAUUCCUCCUCAGUGCCAGCUCCAGAGAGAUGAGAAGGAUGUGUGCUGUUACAAGCCAAAGUGUGACUUCCUCAAUCCACCAAGCACUCCAUCCACUGCUCCAACGCUUACACCCACCCCCAGUCCUGGCAUGACACCACCAGGACCAACACCACUGGCAUUCUGUGUGUACAAUGGUGUGCCCUACAACCAGGGUGAUACGUGGAACAGGGGCUGCAGUCAGACAUGUCGCUGUGACGAUGCCCAGACCAACUAUUACUCCUGCUAUGACAGAUGUCCAUCAUUUAACAAUCUUCCUGAUGGAUGCACAAUGGUAGUAGAUCCAAAGGAUGCUUGCUGUAAAGUGCCAGACUGCCCCAAUGUUCCCACCCCGUCGCCAAAUGUCCGGCCGACUAUUGCUCCUGGAGUCUCUCCCAGCCCAACCUACCCGGUCCCUACCCUGGCACCAGGAAUUAUUUCUGGAACUGGACCAAAAACUGACCCCAACACUGGAAUUGGUCAAUAUAUUGGUUUCUGUGAAUACAAAGGCAAGAAAUACCACAAAGGGGACACUUGGGAUGAUGCCUGUAGCUACCAGUGUGAAUGUAUUGACGAGGCAUCAGGAGCCUACACUUGUACUGAAAGAUGUCGAAGGUUUGCUACUUUGCCACAGUCCUGCUUCAUGACAACUGACCCGAAUGACCAGUGCUGUAAGGUACCAACCUGUCCUAGUAUUCCCACACCAGGCCCGCAAGGCCCAACACCUUCACCCACACCUAAAGAUGCAUGCAUUUACAAUGGCAAGGCUUAUACCCAGGGGCAGAAAUGGUCGGACAAAUGUGACAAGAAUUGUGUGUGUGAUGACGCUAAACAGGGACUCUACACAUGUACUGACAGAUGUCCUAAAUAUGACAAUAUUCCAAGUUCCUGUGUCAUGGUGGCUGACCCCAAUGACCCCACUUGUUGCCAGGCACCACAGUGUGGUAAUGUGACAGCUGGUGUACAGGGAAGCAUUACUGGAACUGGCCAUCCUCCCUCUGUAACCAAUGCAUGCUAUUACAAAGGAUCCCUUUACCAGCAAGGCCAGAGAUGGAGGGAUGGCUGCUCCUAUGACUGUGUUUGCGAGGACGUCACCAAUGGCAGAUACAAAUGCUCUGACAAGUGUAAGAAAUACCCCAGCCUACCAUCAUCAUGUCGACUGGAGAUUGACCCUGCCAACCCUUGCUGUAGAAAGCCAAACUGUGUGAACCCUACCCCUGCACCAGGCAAAACCCCUCCCCCUCCACUGACAGAAUUCUGUUUGUACAAUGGGGUCAUCGUCAAGCAAGGCCAGGUAUUACGCAUGGGAUGUGAUAGGACUUGCAGAUGUGAUGAUGCUAAGAGUGGACAAAUCAAUUGCCAAGACAGGUGCCCAACCUACCAGACCUUAUCUCAGGGAUGUACCCUGGUAACUGAUCCUAAGGAUUCCUGCUGCCAGGUCCCAGAUUGUGUGAAUCCUAACAGCACCAACCCCAACACCAUAGUAACAGGUGUCCCAGGAACAAUCACUGUGUCCCCCCAGACCGGAACCUCAGUCACAGGAAAUAGAAAUUCUUGUGUUUACAAAGGCAACUUUUAUAGCCAAGGACAAAAGUGGGAUGAUGGUUGUACAUACAAAUGUGAAUGUGUGGAUGCUUACAAAGGACAGUACAGAUGUACUGAGAAGUGUCCAAGAUAUGCCAAACUCCCGAACUACUGCACACUGGUGGAGGACCCUGCUGACCACUGCUGUCAGAAGGCGUACUGUACCCCUCUAGUCACCCCCACUCCAGUCCCUGGCAGCACCACACCAACUCCUAUCCCAGGACCUAGUAAACCAAAAUACUGUUCCUACAAGGGAGACUUAUAUCAGCAAGGUCAGCUGUGGUAUGAUGGAUGUGACCUGGCUUGUCGCUGUGAGAAUUCCACGACCAAUCUCUUCCGCUGCCAAGAGAGGUGUGCUGUAUAUAGCAAUGUCCCCGCCUCGUGUUCCCUGGUUCCCGACCCCUCUGAUCCUUCCUGUUGUAAGAUACCUUCCUGUUCACCAGCCAGUGUCACACCACUGAUAGGAAUCAAUACGCCACCCACCACUGUGGCUCCAGGAGUCAUUACUGGUAUAGGAAAAAUUCCCACUCCUUCACCAGGUCUGCCACCACAACCAGGCUGUGUUUACAAAGGAACUCAGUAUGCUUCAGGCCAGAAAUGGGACGAUGGCUGUGAUUACUCGUGUGAAUGUGUCAAUGGCAUGACUGGCCAAUACAAAUGUACCGAAAAGUGUAAUAAAUAUGUUGGACUUCCAGUGCAAUGUCAGUUGAUCAAAGAUCCCUUCAACAAAUGCUGCAAGAUUCCAUAUUGUGACUACUCUCAGAACCCAACUCCAAGACCCAUUAUUCCACCAACACGUCAACCUGGCCAACCUGCUCCCAUCACUGUGUCUCCAGAGACAGGUUUCUGCAGCUACAAGGGAGUGUACUACAAACAAGGGCAGAGUUGGUCUGAUGGAUGUGACAGAACAUGUCGUUGUGAGGAGCCUUCUAAGGGACUCAUAACCUGUACUAACAAAUGUAAAACAUUCAACAACCUGCCGAGCACCUGCCGACUUGUCACAGAUCCUAAAGAUGCCUGUUGUCUCGUUCCCGACUGUAAUAGGUACCCAACUCCUGCCCCACCACACCCACCACGUCCAGGCAUCACUACCACACAGAUGUCCAUUGUGGUGCCUACCAGCGUGUCAGGCUCUUUUGUAGGGAGCAACCAGUAUCCUAAUGUAGGAUUUGGAGGAACAGGCCAUCGAAAUGUAUGUGUGUACAAGGGAGUGAUCUACAGCCAGGGUAACACUUGGACCGAUGGGUGUGAUUUCAAUUGUCAAUGUAUUGAUGCACCAAAGGGACUAUACAAAUGUACAGACAGAUGUGAGAAGUACUACAACCUGCCUCCUCAGUGCUACAAAGUGUAUGACCCCAAUGAUAGUUGCUGUACCAUUGCUAAAUGUGACUUCAACUACAAUGCUACCACCCCUGUACCACCAACCACCCCAACCACCACAGCCACCACUGUUCCAUCAAUAACCACUAUCAAACCCAUGGACAAAUGUAUCUAUGUGGAUAACAGCCUGUACUCUAAAGGCUCUACCUGGAAUGUGGGCUGUGAUUAUGUGUGUACAUGUGAAGAUCCUACCACCAACAAGUACAAGUGUAAUGCCAGAUGCCAGGCUUACUCUGGUCUCCCCUCAGUGUGCACACUCCAGCCUGACCCCAACGACAAAUGUUGUGAGAAACCUGAAUGUGGCUCCUACACCCCAUCCAUUGAUGGUACAGUGACCCCCUCACCUACCGAUCUGAACAUCUUCCCUGUGGGAACACACAGUAGCUUCACGGGCACAGGAUGGCAACCAGGCACUUUCAGUCCUCCCACAUUUGGAGGCCGACAUGUAUGCAUAUAUAAUGGACAGAUCUACAACCAAGGCCAAUCUUGGGAUGAUGGCUGUAAAUAUGUGUGCACAUGUGAAAAUGCUAAUUCUGGACUAUAUCGUUGCACAUCCAAAUGUCCACACUAUCCCCAGACCCUUCCCAGCUAUUGUCGACUCGUGAAUGUGCCUGGACAGUGUUGUCAAUCCAUGACAUGUGACGUACCCGGAUAUGGAACCUACAAUCCUGUCCCUCAGCUGAACCCCACACCAGCCCCAGGAAAACCUCCUGCAUCAAUGCCCCCACCAAAUCCCAGCAUUCAGAUCACCACUCCAGCCUCUGUCACUGUGUUCCCAGGACAAGGCUAUCCCAUCAGUUCAUCACAGAUUACACAAGUCACUAGUCAGUGUGUAUUCCAGAACAAGGUAUACAACCAAGGUGAAAAAUGGGACCAAGAUUGUAAAUUCAGGUGUGAGUGUAAAGAUGGCCGAUCUGGAUACUUCGAAUGCAAGUCUAAAUGUCCAACCUAUACUGAUAUCCAGAAAGCCAACUGCUUCAGCAUUCAGCCCACAGGAGUGAAUGGAGACUGUUGUGAAAUCAUAAAGUGUCCCGAUAGUAGCGGUAACAUUGUUAGUGUAAAUCCUGACAAACCUAGCCAGUUCCCAGUCAUCGGAACAUACCAGCCAGGAUAUUCAGGCUUCAGACCAAACUACAAACCCCCCUCCAGUGGCAUCUCAGGUUCUUCCAAUGGAUGUGUAUACAAAGGUGCAGUGUAUCAGUUGAAUCAGAACUGGGAUGAUGGCUGUGACUUCAGUUGUUCUUGUACAGACAGCUCAGGACUGUACAGCUGUACCUCCAAAUGUCCCACAUACACCGCUCUAUCUCCGUACUGUCGAUUGGAGUCGGUUACCGGGCAGUGCUGUAAACGGGUGCGAUGUGACCCCAAUGCUGUGACCUCCACACAGACUACACCAGCUGGUGGACAUACCACAGUGGCAGGCUGUCAUGAUCUCAUACCAGACUGUGCUACCUAUGGCCAUUCAGCUUGCACUGGAACAUACAAAGACUGGGCCCAGAGAAAUUGUCCAGCUUUCUGUAACAAGUGUAAUCAUAGUGAAGUGACCACGCCCCCACCACAAUGUAAUGAUAAGAAUCUGUGUAUCAACAUAGCCUUCCAGCCCUGGGCUCAACAGAACUGUCCUAACUUCAACCAACUCUGUCAGGGAACAACAACAACAGGAAAACCUUGUGUGGAUUCAGAUCCAUCCUUGUGUCAGCAAGCUUUGUCCAACAACCUCUGUUCACAGUAUCAAUCUGUCAGAGACCGCUGCGCUAAAUCAUGUGGUGUUUGUGCAGUGGUCACUACACCUGCAGUAAUUACAGCACCUCCUGGUGGCUGGCAGUUGUUGUUUAAGGGUGUGGAGAAUAUGGGAAGUGAUCUAUUCCAGUUGUGGGCUGGUAGACAAACCAUCAAUCCACUGGACCCCACUGCUACCAACCUGUACCCCAAUAAACCAUACAAACCAGACCUGUCCAACAAUUGGAACUCCCUCUGUCUAGACAAGAUUAAGGUGUCCAUAUACAAGAAUGGCAUUGAGAAGGCAUUUAUUACAUUUGAUGCCAGAAACUCCGACAAGUUGAACUGGUUUACAUCUGACAGGAUCAUUGACUCUACAUGGGGAAACAUUAAAACAAUGCCCAAACAAUUCAUUGGAAUGCAACAAGACCCAUCUACUGGUCUGGAGUUUUCUGUGACCCAGUCUUCUCAGCAGUGUGCCACAUCUGGUUGGAUCAUGGUAACUUCUCCACAAUCUAAUUGCUUCUACGAAAAAGGAUUACAGAAACCUGCAUUCUUCUACUCCAUGACCAACACACCUGUCAACUGGGGAUCAGCACAAAAGGGACUGGGAGAUGUAUUUGCCAUUCAAGGACACAGCACAUGUACCAAUGGAUCAUCCACAACUCCACUGCCACAGGUUACAGGUUGUACAUACAAGGGUACGCUGCACCCGAAGGGAGACAAAUGGACGGAUGGCUGUAAUGUUAACUGUACAUGUCCUAAUGAUCAGUCUGGUAUUCCGCAGUGUGUUCCUAGAUGUCCAACUAUCACUGGAUUGCCGUCUUCUUGUCAUGUGGUGAAGAAAUCAGGAGAAUGUUGUGGACAUGUGGAGUGCACCAUCAUUGGUGGUAUAACUUGUAACUAUAAGGGAAAAGAUUACAAUGUUGGAGAUAAAUGGGAUGAUGGCUGUGACUUGACCUGUGAAUGCAUGAGCGAUGGUGCCUAUAGUUGUAAACAAAAGUGUGUGAACCACUGGAACAUUCCUACCUCUAUAUGUUCCUUGGCUGAUCCAGAGCCAGGCUGCUGUUGCCAGGUACCCAAGUGUCCACCAUACGUUGUCAUUCAGUAUCCUCAGGGUUAUGGACCAGAAGUUUGCAAAACUUGAAGACUUGAUAUAUUUGUAUUUUUUAUCGUAAACUUUGUUUUAUUUGCAAUAUUAAAAGAUUACCUUUGUCUA